UCCUCCAUGGAUGCUCUCAACUUCCUCAAGUUCUGGAAGCAUCUCACAGUUACAAGUACUGGUAUUUCUCACAUAGUUCUGGAAGAAGCAGAAUAUGGGUCCGACGAUGAGGACUCCUUUUUUGACUUGGAAUUCGCUGUUCAUGAUUUCGACAACAAUGAAAACAACAGUACCAACAAAAUCAUCGGCAGCCCAGAAGACCAAACCAUGCGAGAAAGGGAAGGGCUUCUUGUCUCUAUUGAAGAAGAUCGAUUUGCUUGCAAAAUAGCAGAGAUUAAUGGCGACGGUGAAGUUGAUGUUUCCAGAUCAGCAAUUCCUCUGUCUGCUAGUGAAUCAAUUUCCAAGAGGAAAAUCCACCCAAUAGAGCCUAUUUCUAAGCCCCAGUCUCCCAUUUCUCUUCUCAGAUCAUCAGCUCCGAGCUUCAGAAUUUCCAUGUUCAGGAAGCCUAGGGAGAAAGAAACUAUGAAUUUUCCCGGGAAACUGAACAUGGAAGAUUCCUGUCAGAAUUCUCCGUCGUUGAGCAGAGCCAACAGCUCUAGAAGCCACGGGAAUAAAACGAAACCUGAGCGAUUCUCAAAGGAUGUUUUGCGAAAGUAUAUGAAACUGAUCAAACCUCUGUAUACAAAAGUUUCGAGAAAGUACAAUGACAAAAUGAAGUUUUCGGAUGAGGUAUCCACAGCUUCACCGAUGUUAUCUCCGUUGGCCUCCUCUGUUUCAUCUUUCUCGAGGAAGGAGAAACAGGGAAAUAUUCCGACGGGUAUCCGGGUAGUGCGUAAGCAUCUGGGUAAGAAUAAGUCGGCGUCGUCGGUGAUCGGAGCAGCGUCUCCGGCGAAGAGGAGUGAUGAUUCGUUGUGGGAGCAGCAUGAUGGGAUCCAAAGCGCCAUUCUACACUGCAAGAGAUCUUUCAAUGCCAGAGAUUCUUCGUCCAUGGAGAAUGACGGGUCAAACAUGUGAAGGACCGUUUCUGGGAUGUUGAGAGGGAAG